AUGGGCAAAACUAGCAACGCGGUCGUCAUCACGUUCGAGGGCACUAGGCUACCAAAGAACGUAAUGUUCAGCAGAGAGAUCUUCACUGUGAGGCCGUACCGUCCCCGGCCCGUCGUAUGUUACAAUUGCCAUAGAAUCGGUCACAAGAGCGAUGUAUGCCCCAUCAAAGAAAGCAGAUGCGGCCAUUGCGGGUACACACACGAGGAAGAUAUGGAACAAUGCAACAGGGAACCCAAGUGCCGAAACUGCGAGGGGCAUCAUGUCGCCACUAGUAAUGCGUGCCCGAAAAGGAAGAUACCCGAGAAAACGAAACUCCGAAAGCAGCCACCAAAACACCAACCAAGAGAAAGCUAUGCCGCGGCAGCCAAGGACAAUCGAAGGUCACCUGCAGAACAGCCCAGGGUCGAAGCCAAGCAAGGAUCAACGCAAGGAAUGAUUCAGGAAGAGCAGGGCAAGUGUCUGGCCUGGAUGCCCGAAUGGGCCCAACCGAGGGCAACUCUGGUGCCGGCAAUGCGACCGCUCAAAUCUCCUUUCGACGCAGAAACUGAGCACAACAAACUUCGAAAGGAGAUGUCACUUGGCUUCAAGAUGAUCUUCCAGACACUAGGCGAAAUCAAGAAAGAGAUAGCAGAACUGAGACAUGCACGACGUUAG